AUGCUCACUCUAUAUUUCCUUCAGUCCUCACGGGCCUUCCGCACGGCGUGGUUGCUUGAGGAACUGAAUGUUGAUUACGAGCUGAAGUUUGCGGACCGCAGACCGGAUGGCUCCGUUCCCCCCGAGCUCGGAAUUCCUACUUCCAAAGGGAAGGCGCCAGCAAUCCGCGAUGGUAACCUCGUUCUGGGAGAGUCUGGUGCAAUUGCGGAAUACCUCAUCGAGAAAUACGAUACGACGCAUCGGCUUCUUCCUACCCAGCCCGAAAAGCGUGCAAAGAUUCGCGAACUCAUGUGGGCUGCAGAAGGCGCCUUGAUGCUUCAUGCCGAAGCAGUUUUCUCUGCCCGUUUAGCGGCUCCUGCGGAAGUCGCGCCUGAGAUUGAGGCGAAGUUGGCCAAGUCUGUACAGCAUGAUCUAGACUGGCUUGAAGGUCACUUAAAAGAGACCUCAACUAAGUUCCUUGCUGGUGACCAUGUCACGGUUGCAGACACCAUGAUGGCUUUCUCCAUUCAGGAUAUUUUCGCUAACAAGCUGGCUCCUGCCGGAAAGUCGUGGCCGAGGAUCAAUGAGUGGCUCAAGACUGUCGAAUCGGGCGACGUCUACCAACGUGCUGUAAAGAGAACAGGCCAUCAUUUCUAG